CAUUCAACAGAUUGUCGUCAGUGUUCUUUUCGUUCAAACAUGGACUGCUCAUCAGAAGAUACCCAAGGAUCAAACAGCGCUAACUGGAUGUAUAGGGACCCUCGCACCCUGUCGCCCCUGUCUUCUCCCGCCAAGGACUACUCGGCAUCGAGCAUUGUGGACGGUGAAAGCCAGUUGUCUGAGGCACAGGACAAUGAUGAACAUGUACAAAGUGGGGGCGUGGCUAUGGAGGCUGGUGAUUUAAAGGCCGUACAACCUGUACACCACUGGCUUCAGGAGUAUGCUGUCUAUCUGGCCGGAUUUAAUCUGUCCUUCCUACACAUCGGAGAGGACAGUGAGCUGGAGGUGGACACUGCUAUGAGAGAUGACGGAUGGCCUGUAUCAACACAGAUCCGUUUAAACCCUGCGGCGCUGGGUGUUCUGCGAUUUACCACUGGUAUCUGCGUGGAAGCCAUCAUCACACAUCAGAAGCAAGCGGACUGCUGGGGGUGCCAAAGUGAUUGCCCAAGUCAACGACGCCAUUGCUGCAUGCAAGGAUCGACACAUCAUCACUAUGAAUCCCAUUACGAUACCAUAUGUGAUAUAUUGGAUAGACCCCCAUUCCUGCUACUUUUAGAAACUGUUUUAAAGAAGACUAUAGGGUUGACUGUGUCCCCAGGAAAAAUCUAUGGUGUGGUCGAUUCUUUUCUAUGUGAUUUAUUGGGCAACACCUAUGAUACCGAAAAACUGGAUUUAAUAACCAGCGAAGGUGUGCCCGAUGAACAGCUGCUUUUGAUAUAUGAAGCCACACAAAUGUGGCGUAAUACAUUGUCAUUCGGUAAUACAAGGCCUGGUGUCAAGCGUCGUUUAUAAUGGGGGUGUUGUUUUCUUAUGCAUAUGAUGCGGAUAGCAAGUAUGUAUCAGAUAGACUAGCCGUUUUGAUGUAUGCUGCCAUAGAAAA